GUCAUCUUAAUUUCCACCGAACCCUUCAGAGUCAUUCUCAAUAUUUUGAGAAUUCAGUUUCUCUGAUGGUAAAAGUUUUGUGGUGGUAUUGGCUGAUACUUCCUCUGCAUUAGCACACACUAUGGUAUGGAAGGAAGGGAUUUACUAGCAUAUGAAAUAUAUAUAUACGUAUGCUAUAGUGGGAGGAGCACGGGAGAGAUGGAAGAACAAGUUGAAACAGUGGGGAAGGCCUUUGUGGAUCACUACUACCAUCUAUUUGACAAUGAUAGGCCCUCUCUAACUUCCCUAUACCAACCAAUGUCCAUGCUGAGCUUUGAGGGUCAGAGAUUAGAGGGGACUGAAAAUAUAUGUAACAAGCUUAAUCAGUUGCCAUUCGGCCAAUGCCACCAUGCCAUUAGCACCAUUGAUGCUCAGCCUUCCUCUUUUCCAGGAGGCAUCAUGGUCUUUGUUAGUGGCAGCCUACAAUUGCCAGGACAGGACUACCCUCUACGGUUUAGUCAGAUGUUUCACUUGAUCCCAGCUGCAGAAGGGAACUUUUUCAUUCAAAAUGACAUAUUUCGCCUUAAUUAUGGAUAAAUUGGUGUAGCUACUUGAAAGAACGCUCUUCAUGAGAUUGAUGUUCUUCUUUCUCCUGUUAACAAGUAUGAAUAAAUUCUUAUGGAUCUUCCGGCAAUCAGUAUUUGCAUAUCAAAUCCCUCUAGCUAGCUUAUCUUUCACUCUGUGCACAAUACAUCCGCAUAAAUGAUGUAUUUUAUUGUUCACGAAAAUAUUACAGGUUCCUUCUGUCAAAGUAUAAGAGGUCUUUCUAAUAAUCCCAAUCUAAUUUGGUCUUUUUCAUUCA